AUGCGUCCCUCAAGCGGCCUUAUUCUGGGCCUUCUCGCCGUCCGGGGCCUAGCCCAAACGGCUGCCGACACUGGAGCCCCAGCUCCUGAUAUCGUCACACGCGAUGACACCGGAAGCGGAGAGACUGGCGGCGAUGCUAGCGGCGACGUCCCUGCCAAUACGGAACCUGAACCCGCGCCUGAACAGCCAACACAAAGUGAGCCUUUACCUGAUGAUACGCCGCCUGAAGUGUCGCCAACGGCUGCCGAGGAAGAUCCGGAAGUGCCUUCUGGGGAACCAGAUCCAGAAGUGCCCGGCGGGGCUCGCGAAGGACCCUCUGAGGCUGCUCCCGAAGUUCCUUCUGAAACUCCCUCGGAAGCUCCAGAAGUUCCGACCGAAGCUGCUCCGGAGGGGCCCGCGGAAACCCCGUCAGAAACUCCAGGUGAGCCUUCCGAGGCUCCGGCGGACCUGACGACGCCAGCCGCGGAGCCUGAUACACAGGCACCUGAUACACAGGCGCCUACUACCCAGGCGCCUGUUACACAGACACCUGAGGCUCAGCCGCCUGUCAAUUUAGAUGGAACAAACACGCUAACCCCGGCCUCUACAACACCAACAGACGAUGAAGAACCCGCACCUACAGGAUCCUCUGGUGGCGAAGACACUGAGCCCACCGGUGGUGCUGAGCCCGAGCCGACCGUCGAGACAGGGGGUGGCGACGACGAUACCCCUGAAGAAACUGGAGGAUCGGGAGAGACCGAGGCACCUGAAGAGACACCUCAAGAAACUGGAGGUUCCGAUACCGAUGCACCCGAGCCCACGAAUACCGAUGAUGGUGAAGAGCCCACGGAAACACGAAAUCUUGUGCCCGACACAGUCGAGCCCACAGAAGAGCCUACUGGUGCUGCAACCAACCCCUCGUACCAGGGCCCGGAGGCCACAACAGGCAGCGAUGAUGAUGGUGAAGCUACUGCGACGGAUGUUGACCAACCUGAGGAGACUGGCAGCGAGCCAUCGGCGACGGGCGAGGAUACCUCAGCUACCACGGGUAGCAGUGAUGAUGAUGAUGCCGAGGAGAGCGUCGUAGCGUCGAAGACUGCUGGCGGUUCUGGAGACAAGACUUCGUUCACAACCGUUGCCACUUCUGCUGCGACAAGCAAGUCCAUCGAACUUCCUCUUGACAACGCCGAGCCUGGUGAGAACGCCAAGUUCAGCACGGUCAAUGGAAAGACGGCCAUUGUCCUCUCUCCCAAGGCAAACUCCAAGGCCGACUGCACCAUCAACGUCGAGUCACCCCUCGAGAUCCCCAAGGACGACUAUGUCCGCGUCAUCGCCUCAGUCAAGGUGCAGAAGCCCGCAGGCUCCAGCUCCGACAAGACCGGGGUCAACGAGGUGGUCAAGGGGUGCAUCUUCAAGAUGAUGGUGGACGGCUCGGACGUGUACAACUCGGAGCUACAGGUGACGGAUGGCAAGUUCCAGGAUCUUACUAGCAACAGCUUCCAGGCGACCAACAACAAGCCCAAGAUUGAUAUGGUUCAGGAGUGUGGUGAGCAGCCUGUUGAGUUGACUGUUUCCAAGGCGAGAAUUUCGGAUAUUGGGUCUGGAUCUUCGGGGAGCCGGGGUGGUUCUGGUGGUAGUGGAGGCAGCGGAGGUAGCUCUGGUGAUGACAAGGACGGCGGCUCCGGCAGCUCCGGCGGCUCUGGAGGUUCUGGCGGUUCUGGAUCUGGGUCUGGAUCUGAUGACUCUGACUCCGAUUCAGGUUCCGGUGGCUCGGGCUCUGGUUCGGGCUCUGGAUCUGGAUCUGGAUCUGGCUCUGGCUCUGAUUCCGGCUCUGGCUCCGGCAGCGACUCUGGCUCCGGUUCCGAUUCUGGUUCCGGCUCCGGAGGCUCUGGUUCAGGCUCUGGUUCAGGCGGCAGCAGCUCCACUCCCGCCAACACGGCCACCCAUGGUUCCAUUAUCAACAUGGCCUUGGUUUACGCCCUGCCUCUUGUCUUGGCUGCUCUGUUUUAA